ACUAUUUAGUGCCACUCCUACCCAAAUGAAGUACGCAGUAAAAGCUUAUUGACUUAACUCCUGACUGAGAUCUCCCAGAGAGAGGAUCCCAACAACAGCAGAAAGUCUUCCUACCCACUGAUUCCUUCUCCAGAAAAAUUCAGACUUCAGUGAAGAUGACUGAUUCCAAGGAGCUCUCAUUCAUGCAAGUCCUACUGAUUGAAGUGACUGCAUUUUUCCUUCAAGCUGCCCUCCUCUUACUUCUUUACAUUUUACUCAGGAGGCAAAUUGCCAACUGCAUUCAAAUGGUGAAAGCUGCAAGCGCCCUGGUCCAGGAACUGAAGAAGCCAAAAAGUAAUACUGAGUCACCUGCCUCAGAAAAGACAAAGUGUAAAAGAAGUGCUCCAGCUUCCCAGAAUUAUAGGGACUCAAUGCAAAUGCCACAUUCUACAGGAGGACUUUCCCAGAAACUUGAACUGUUCCUGCCUUCCCCCAAAGAUGAUCUAUUCUACGAACGCCACAGUGGCAGUGAUUCCUCCUCAGAGAGCUCUGACAGCUCAGAAGGAUAUCCUUCAACUUCCACCAGCAAGGCACCCAGAGAUGUGAAUUACAGCACCCUGGUCUUUCCAGCCACUGAUUGCCAAAGGGCUUUGUCUCCUAAGAACUAUGAGAACACAAAGGCAGCCGGCGAUUAUGUCAAUGUGGAUCCCAAGAACUGUAAAAAGAAUGCCUGGAAUUUCAGUUACUCCUCUGAGCCAGUGGAAUACACAGAAGUGGCUAUGUGAAUUCUGACAACCAAAAGGGACUCGCUUCUCCACGGUCUUGGAUUUGAGUUAAAAGAAAAUAUCUUAAUAAUACAGAAAAUAUCUUAAUAAUAAUAUCUUAAUAAUAAUAGGGGACAGCUGGGUGACUCAAUAGAAUGAAAACCAGACUUAGAGACAGGAGGUCCUGGAUUCAAAUCUAGUCUCACAUUCCCUAGCUGUCACUUAACCCCCAUUGCCUUAGCCCUUACCCCCUUUGCCUUGAAACCAAUACAUAGUAUCAAUUCUAAGAUAGAAGGUAAGGGUUUAAAAAAUAAAUAACAUAACAAGAAGGAUUCUGGUUAGAGCUCAAAUAAAACUGUCAACAUGCUAAAACAGGGAAAAUUUUACUAAAGAAGAUAGAAUUCAUUCCAUUAAAUUCAAAGAGCACUUAUUAAGUACCUCCUAUAUACAGAAAACAGCUAGGUGCUGGGGAAAAUACAAAGUUUCACUGUCUUUAUCUAGCCUAAACUCUAGUAGGGAGAUGGGAUGCAUGCAGAGAUAACUAUACUAGACAAUGAUGCUAUUUAUCAAGAAGUCAAGCUGAGAAAACAAAGGACAAAGAAAAGCAAUGAGGGCCAGAAGCAUUUUUUUUAACGCAGAGAAGAGAACAGAAGGAAGGCCAGAAAGGAGCAUAGCCAAGGAGAACAGCUUUGAAAGCUAUAGGUUGGAUUUAUAUUGUAUAUCGAAAAAGAAAACCAAGUCUGCACAAUAGAGGUUCACAGUUCUGUGUUCAAUCUACCUUUUCUAGUCAUUAUAUAUAUAUAUAUGUGUGUGUGUGUGUAUGUAUGCAUAUAUAUAAUGAAAACAUGGUUUUUAUUUUUUGUUUGCUUGAAUUCAAAAUACAAAUAAAUAAUGCUUUUGAUGCUAGAUAAAUGUUUUUAUCAUUAAAAAAAACU